UUUUAAGUUACGAGAAUUUAAAUGAAAAAAUUAGAAAUUUAGUAUCUAGAUCGGUAAUAUUCUCGAGAAUUUUACCCACAAUUCAAAUUCUCCCGAAAAUUUCCUCGACAACUUUCGCUUUAGCGGGAACCUUUUGUAAAUUUACUACACACAGUACAAAGCAUCCUUUCAAGCUGCGUACGUUGAUAAAAUUUAUCCGGUUGUUUGUAAAAAAUCCGCAAGUUGUAAUCGUCACGCUAGAAUAGUUUUCGAUUAUCUUCAUUUCGCAUUCUUAUUUUCUCGUUGGAGAAUCGAAUUCGACGAUUUGUGAAGCUUGUCAUCGAAAAAUGGAGUCUCAACGAGGAAGUUCAAGCUCAACAGAAAGAGCCGUUGAUGAUUGCGAAGAUGAGAAUUCCGUUACGAUGCUUGACGUCCUGCAGGAAGAAAACCAACUCGAGGAAGAUGCAAAUGCUGUCCUCGGGGCCGCUGACGACAAAAACUGCACCUAUAUCCAGGGUUACAUGAGACAAGCACUUUAUGCUUGCAAAACAUGCUGCAAAGAAGGAAUUCGCGCCGGUAUUUGUUUCGCCUGUAGUUUACACUGUCAUGAAGGUCAUGAACUUAUUGAAUUGUACACGAAAAGACAGUUUAAAUGCGACUGUGGAAAUUCGAAAUUUGGAGAGAAAUGCUCAUUAAAUCCGGUAAAAUCCGAAUCGAAUCCUGAAAAUAAGUACAAUCAGAAUUUCGAUGGUGUUUAUUGUACUUGUUCAAGGCCGUAUCCAGACCCAGAAGGUCUUGAUAACGAUGAAAUGUUACAGUGUGCGAUUUGCGAGGACUGGUAUCACACCAAGCACCUUGGAGACAGCGAAACCCGACCCGAAGAAAAUUCUUACGACGAAAUUGUUUGCGAUGCUUGUAUGAAGAAAGCCUCUUUCUUGUGGAGUUACGCUUCGAAAUUUGCAGUAACAAAGGAUUCGAAAAAGGAAGAAACGACACAAAACGAUGAAAACGUGGAGGUUGAAGACUCGUCAAAAAAAUGCACGAUGCCAGAAACUCCUGCUAAAACAGAAGGUUGUUGUUUCUGGGUCGAAGGCUGGAGAUCAGCUUUGUGCACUUGCGAGAAAUGCAAAAUGGUCUACAAGGAAAACGAAGUUGAAUUCCUUCUCGAUCCAACAGAUAGUGUUCAGGCAUACGAAGAAGCUGGCAAAGCCAACAAUAGAGAGUCACAAUACGAAAAGGGAAUGAAGGCUUUGGCUUCUCUCGAUCAUGUGCAGCAGGUCAACGUGAUUGAAGAAUACAACAACAUGAAAGAGCGACUAAAGGAGUACCUGCAGAAAUUUGCCGACAAUAAAAAGGUCGUCAGAGCCGAAGAUAUCCAAGAGUUCUUUUCCGAAAUGGAGCCGAAUAAGCGACAAAAAGUCGAAAUUCCGAAAUACUGUCGUUGAGUCAUAAAAAAAAGGCUCUUCCCUUGUGCAGAAAUAUUUUCGGCUGCGGUUAAUCGUAACAAAAACAAAACAAACACAAAAAAAUGUGAGAAGUAUUACGGUUUCCUUUAGGCUUUAGGCCAUCGAAUAUAAUCUUGUAUAGCUACAUUUAUUUCUCUAAAAACUGCGAAAUCGGAUUUUUCCCCCCAAGUCGAAAGGUCCAAAUAGUUAACAAAAGUUGGACAUUUCAUUGGAAAAUUAUGAACUAACUUUGCUGGAAAAUUAUUUUGUAACAAAGGUACAGUGCCUACGAUAAUCUAUUUUUCUCAUCCAAUAUAUUUUAAGAAUAAUCCGAGGAAUGAUCAGUUUUAAAUGUUCUGUUUGCCCAUCGAUGUAGAAGCGAAUUUCUUCAAGUCAUCAUCCUUUUUUUUUGUAGCUUAUUAUUUUACGAGAAGUUACAAACUUCGCGACGAUUUAUUUGUGUAGAAUUUUUAGUGUAUUUGAGAAGUCUUUACAGCUUUAGUCUCUUUAGUUAAAAUUACUUACAAGUAGGAAUUUUGAUACGAAACUUUUCUUGGAUAUUAUACACUUGUUCCUCCACUCCGUACUUAUUGACCAAGUGAAGCAAGUCGACGUUUCAUAUUAUCUAAUUUUUCUUGUUAUUUCCUGAAGUACAAUAAAGAUUCAGUUUUGUAAUAAA